AUGUCUUCGACUAACGGAUUAACGAGUUCAAUAACAAUUUAUGGUGGUCUUCCCAUAUUUAUAUGUGGUACUUUGGGAAAUUUACUUAAUAUUCGUCUUCUUUGGCGAACUCGUCGUAAUCCAUGUGCAUUUAUAUUUUU